AUGGGUUUUGGAGGUGGGAAAGGUGUUUUGGAUCUCUCUAACUUCUUCUCCACCUACCCACAUAUCAAUCGUCUCGAUUUUGAAAUCCUUCCCCGUAAGCCCCCCAGUUCUACAAAUGACGACCCUUUCUUCAUUCAAUUCGAAGCCAUUAGUCGCUCUGUUGUUCACCUUCUCAAGCCUCUCUUGUUAUCUUCCUCUCCACCUCUCUCUGCUAUCUUCUCUGAUUUCACUGUUUCCAUGACUCUCACUCCUAUUCUUGAGGAACUCUGCAUACCCAAUUACGUUCUCUCCGUUACCUGCGCUAGAUUUCUCUCUCUCCUGGCUUACCUUCCUUACUUGAUCAAUGAAAACUCUCCGAAAUUCGGUGAAUCCGAUGACUAUGUGCACAUCCCAGGUUUAUCCCCACUGCCUCUGUCAACUAUUCCUCCACCAUUCUUCAAUCCAACUCUGUUCUUCACGUCGUUUGCAAUAUCGAACGCUCUGUUUCUACCGAAAGCGAAAGGUAUUUUGGUAAACACCUUUGAGCGAUUCGAACCCGACACACUCGCUGCACUCAACAAUGGCAGAGUCUUAAGUAACCUCCCACCUGUUCACCCAAUUGGCCCAUUAGAGCCUUACAAGCUCGAAAAAGGAG